AUGGCUUCGACCAAGAAGAUUUCGAUGAGCAAACUGCACGAGCUGACCAGUUUGCUGGAUCAGCUCAUCAAGCACAGUUUCGGCAAGACGGCGAAUCUGAACGAACAGUUCAAACAGUACCAGGAAAUGUACAACAUCCUGGAGCGAAUCCGUAAGAUCGAAUCGGAACUGAAGCUUAAGAUAAGCAACGGGAAACCGCGCAAGGCCAACAUCGACGCGUUUGUCCGCUGGGCUCGGGAACACGGCUCCCAGUUCGAUGGUAUCAAAGUGUCCGAAUUCUCCGGCUACGAGCUGGGUCUGGAAGCGACUCGGGACUUCCGGGAGGGCGAGGUUUUUGUUACGGUGCCGCGAAAAAUUAUCUUCUCGGUGACGACCGAUAGCAAAAUUCCGGAAAUAAUGAAAGACAUUCCAAUGAUGAUGGAGAAGAACAUGGCCAAUGUGAUGCUGGCCCUGUCCCUCAUCGUGGAACGGUUUCAUCCGACCAGUCCGUGGAAACCGUACCUGGAUGUGCUGCCGGAUCGCUACUCGACGGUGCUGUACUUUAGCCCGGCCGAAAUGGCCGAGCUCAAGGGUACCAGUGCCUUCGGGCCGGCACUGGUCCUGUUCAAGAACAUCAUCCGGCAGUACGGUUACAUCAAACAGUUCAUCCAACCGUCGACGGCGCUGCUCAAGGAAAAUUUCACCUUCGAUUUGUACUGGUAUGUAGGAAUUUUGAUUUUCCUAUUUAGAUUUCACUCUAGUUAA